GUACUUGCCUCAUUUGCUUUCUCAAAGAUACUCAAUUGCUUAACAAGUGCAGAAUGGCCUUAUCCCAAGCCUUUGCAGAUGACUACAACAGCGAAUUGGACGUAGAGACAGAGGAGCUACUUCAAUCAAUCAUCAUGCCAAGGUUGAAUUCAGUAUUCGGAGAAGGUCACCUCUUUGAUCCCUGCCUCUUCGGGACUCUCUGGGAUCCAUCACAGCCUUUUCCACUCUGGGAUUUCGAUGACUUAGAAGCCAUUGCAAACACUUCUCUCAUCGACUGGACUGAAACUGACAAUAGCCACAUUCUCCUUGCCCAACUCCCAGGUUUAACUAAAAAUGAUAUUCAGGUGAUUGUGGAGGAUGGGAGCAUUCUUGAGAUUAGUGGGCAAUGGAAGAAGCAGAAUGAAAAUAGCAGGGGCAAUGGAGAAGAGCGUCGUGCAGAGUGGUGGGAGGAGGGAUACGUGCGAAGAUUCAAGCUUCCGGAUAAUAUUGACAGUGACAAAAUAGAGGCCAAGAUAGAGAAUGGUGUAUUGAACGUCCAAAUUCCAAAGGGAAAGGUCUCUGCUAAGCUGCCUGAUCAAGUGAAGAUCAUACAACUUAAGGAUUGAAUUCAGAUAACAUGAAAAAUAUUAGGGGUUAAGACUAUUGCUAUAAGUUUUUCAAAGCCAGUGGAAAUAGAACAUUACCAAUGUACCAAUUCCAUAGGCUAUCUUAAUUAUAUGAAUGUUCAGUAGAAAUUAGUUGUAUGAACUAUAUAAUAAAAUAAAGAUACAUAGUAUAUAAAAGAUGCUGAUUACGAUGUGUUUUAGGUCAACUUAUGUUUCUAUUUCUGUGAGAUGACAUGAAUGGAAAAUCUAAUGGUUUCAUUGGGUGUACCUUAUUUCAGAAAUGGUACAUGUAAUAUAUGGAUUUUAAAUAUGUUUGAAAAAACAUAUUUUUAAAGUU